GACUACACACGAUAGUAAAGGUGUGGACGCAUGUACUGAAUCAUGCCUGUCAUAUUACAUGUAAUUUUUAACUUGAACUGCAACGGUAACAUUGCACCACGCAUUAGGCUUGUUUGGAAAUAAAUUAAUGCCGUUGGAUCAUCUUCCAUCCAACGGACAAAAGUUUGAAAAAAAAUUCGACCGUUGGAAGCGCACUUGCCUUUCAAAUAGGCUCCCAUUCUAACCCUUCUUCCCCAAGUUCGAUAGAUCUGUGUUUUCUCUCAGUCGCAGAAGAACAAUACGAAGAAGAAGAAGAAGGAGUUCAAAGAUUUAGGCAGAAAUGGCUUCAAGACAGGUGGUUCAACAUCAGAAUAGAGGUGGAGAGGCUGUUCAGGGAGGUGUUAAGCAGAAGAAUAUUGGGGGAGAAAGGAAGAAUCGCCGUGCCCUAGGGGAUAUCGGAAAUGUCGUUAUUGCUCGCGGCGGCGCCGCCGCCGUCCCGGCCGAUGGCAAGCCUAUUGUUCAAGUUUCUCGACCGGUUACAAGGAGUUUCUGCGCUCAGCUACUGGCAAAUGCACAAGCUCAGAAGAACAAGACUUCAGCCGCCAUUGUAGCCGAUGGAGCUUUACCAGAGGCCAAGAAAGCUGCCGGAGCUGGCCGGAAGCCCGCCGCAAAGAAAGCGGCUGCACCCAAACCCAAGCCGGAAGAGAUCAUCGAAAUCAGCCCCGAUUCGACGGAAAUUCCUAAAGAAAAGGAGAAAGUUGCCGCCGAAAAGUUAGCGAAGAAGAAAGCCCCGAGUUUCUCUACCACACUCACGGCCCGAAGCAAGGCGGCUUGUGGGCUGAGCAAAAGGCCGCCAAAAGAACUACAAAUAGUCGACAUCGACGCAGCCGAUAUAAACAACGAUUUGGCAGUAGUUGAGUACAUCGAUGACAUCUACAAGUUCUACAAGUCGGCCGAGCACGAGGGCCGGGUCCACGACUACAUGGACUCGCAGCCGGAAAUAAGCGAAAAAAUGCGCGCAAUCUUAGUCGAUUGGUUGGUCCAAGUCCACGAAAAAUUCGAACUUUCGCAAGAAACAUUAUACUUAACAAUCAACAUUCUUGAUCGUUAUCUUGCCGCGAAAAUUACUUCACGGGGGGAGCUUCAGUUAGUCGGGCUUAGCUCAAUGCUAAUCGCCUCUAAAUACGAGGAAAUUUGGGCCCCGGAGGUUGAAGAUCUUGUCGGAAUUGCGGAUAGAGCUUACAGCAACAAACAAAUAUUGGUUAUGGAGAAACGAAUCUUGGGGGAGCUAGAGUGGAUGCUGACAGUCCCGACACCGUACGUUUUCCUCGUCCGGUUCAUUAAAGCUUCGCAAACCGAAUCCGAUGUUGAGAACAUGGUGUAUUUUCUUGCGGAGCUGGGGAUGAUGAAUUAUUCGACACUGAUAUACUGUCCGUCGAUGAUUGCCGCGUCAGCAGUCUACGUGGCGCGAUCGACGCUGGGGAAGAGUCCAGCUUGGAACGAUACGCUCAAAUUGCACACGGGGUUUUCUGAGACGCAGCUUUCGGAUUGUGCUAAGCUGCUAGCUAAACUUCACUCGAGUGUAGCCGAGAUGAGGCAGAGAGGGAUAUAUAGAAAAUACUCCAGCUCUGAAAGAUGCGCCGUCGCGCUGCUUCCGCCGCCGGCGCCGCCCGCCACCGCCGGCGCCGCCGCUCUUAAGGCGGAGAACUGACGUGUUACCACCAUUGCUGACAAUUAAUUUUCUACCCUUUUGUACGGGUGGGCCCGACAUAAACUGAUGAGAGAGAGAGAGAGAGAGAGAGAGAGGAGUUUGAUAUGAUGUUAGGGUAGAUAGAGAAAGAAUAUCCUCGUUCUUGUAAGGGAUGAUUUUUUUUUUUUUGGAAUUAUUCUGCUGAUGGAUUGGAAUGGUAAUGGUUUUUU